CGACAAUGAAUGACAGUCGAUCAUAUCCUUUUUUGUAGCGUGUGGCCGUCCGUGGUUAGUUCUACAGCCUAUACCCCCCCCCCGAGAAAACAAGUACAACGAACUCCGAGUACCUCUGAUUCUGUCUUUCUCUCUCGGCGGCAAAGAAUCCCAGCAAGAUCACUCACGAUUCGCCACACAGUGCCCUUGAUGAUCACAAGAAGAUCUACUUGAUGAAGUAAUCUAUCAGAUCUACUUAUUCCUAUCGGUCUCGACCCCCGAUGCUCAAAACCCCAACAAGAACCAUGCCCGCCGCAACUGCCCAGCAUUUCGCCGAAUCUACCUUCCAGUUCACGCUCGCAACGCUAAACUGUUACCUGAUCCCGAAGCUCUUGGUCAUAUCAAAUGCAAAAAUGUCUGGGUCUGGAAGAUUGCGAGAUUUGUCAUGCUUGUCUGGCACGACCAAAAAGUUUGUGAUGCGUGUCCAAGAAGAGACCCUUUUGCCUGUCAUGCAAAAACGCAGUUUGUCAUGCGAAAAACGCAACACAAAGAAGCGCAGAUAUUUCUCAUGCUUGCCUGUGCAUUACAGAGCAUUUACUAUUCCCAACGCAGCAUUGCAAGUUUCCAGACCCAGACAUUUUUACACUUGAUAGGUCAACAAAGCCAACAAAACCUGUGCCAACCAGGAGGACCGAGCGAAGAAAAUCGGUCGAUGGAUCAGUACGACGCCGGUCGAUCUCUGCGGCCUGCAGGAGGUCUGGGGAAGUGAUUGCUACGCGAUGGAGGAAAGCGCGAACAAUGGGAAAAAUACAAAUUUAAAGAUUUCUAAUACUAGUACAUCAACCAGUACCAGUGGCCCCCGUGCCACCAGCACCGGCCAACUACAACACGAUCAGAAUGAUCCCAUCUUCUUCACAAAAAACAAGUACAGCUUCCUCUACAAGUCCUGGCGCUCCACUUUCCUCGACACGCUGAAGGUCUACUUUCUGGAAAAGACCGGCGGCCUGCAGGUGGUGUUUGAUACAGAGAAAUUUGAUUUGGAGGAGCGUUAUUUGCGGAAGAAAACGUAUCGAAACAGCAUCUCCCGGUCAAACAAGGGGAUUGUGGCCUGUCUGUUUAAGAGUAAGAAAAAUUGUUUUGAUCGUCAUGAUGGUCUUGUAGUUCCAGAGGCGGGGACUUCUACAUCCACGGCCACUGAUCACUCUACGCCGCAUGAAAAAAAUAAGUACGUGCUGCUCUUCAACACGCACCUGGAUCAUGUGAACUUGCAGAACAGCCAGAGUAAGCAGCUGCAGGAGCUGGCGGACUUCGUGAGGGAGACCGUUUCCGAAAUUCUGUUUUGUUCUUCGACACCAGCUGGGCAACAAGGUGUAGGCGUGUCAUCAGAGAGAAGUAGAAAUGGAUUCAAUAUCAACCCCGAAAGCCUCGCUAUUUUCAUUCUCGGCGACUUCAACAUCGAUGGGGGCGUGGCGGAGGAAGUGGAACAGAAACAAACGAGAAAGCAGAGGCUGGUAACCGAAAGUAGACAUCUGGCGAAGAGGAUCCGAGAAUACAUUUCAAGCGCAAGUAGAACAACUUCCAGCACGUCAAGCACCUGGGGCAAUUGGCUGGACAGUUUUCUGUACCCGAACCCGGAGGACAACGGACCGAUAGCGAUGGCUCGGUACUUUGAAAGCGUUGGGGAGGACGAACAGGAGAGGUUGUACGGGGAACUGUGCAGAAUGUUUGACAAAGUAUAUUGCGCAGCAACCUGUCUCGGACUAGAGCAGUUGCUAGCAUGCUCCUGAGAUCAAUGAGAUCAGAGAUGUAGGAUCAAAGUAUACCGAUAGGUGGAUGAUCUAGCAAUAGCCUAGAGGGGUCACACGAGUAGGAUCACUAGGACCACAUGGGUCACAUGGGUCACGCAGGACACUACACCACUAGGAUGGUGAUGAUGAUAAUCAUGCCAAUGGUAACAACGUACACACAACAGUGCCAGAAUGGCUCCUGGUCUACGGGCCAGUAGCUGGAACAAUAAAAAGCCCUUUCUCUCCGUAGUACCUACUAGGUAGGUGCUUAGAUAGUAACUCUGUUCUCUAUCUUCGGACAGCAUGCUAGUGAGCAUGCCUAGUCCCUGACGCUUGAGACGUCCACAGAGUUAUGAGCCCAACCAUUCCCCCAGUGGGAAAGGUAAGAACUACUAGCCCCCUGUACCUAAGGAAUUUGGGGGCAUUAGGAAUUUACUUUGUCUGGUUUGUCUUUUGCGCUGGGAUUUAUUUCUCAAUAACAUGCUGGUGGCCGACGUUUCUACUCGUAAUCGCAAAAGCAAACUUGAGUAAGGCACCAAGCGAGUUCUGCAGCUGUUUCUGCAGUUCUCACGCUUUUCGCGCAUGACAAACGGGGGCACUUUUGCGCUUUGGUGCAACCAUCGCAACUGCACGCAACCACCACCAAAGCUGUUGCAUACAGCUUGAGGAAGAGCUCUCUGUCGAUGGGGUCAUCGGUCAGAAUGAAUUAACCGCAGGGGAGUAGGGAUUUAGCAUGCCGAGAGUGCGUCUACCGCCCCAGAGAUGGGAGCGUGGGCAUUUCCUAGCCUAAGAAUAGGGAGCGAUGACAGUUAUAGCGCUGUUCUUUCGCCAUGUUUCCCUAUCAGCCUUCAUGCCUUGCGCAUAGUUUGCUUCGCAUCUGUUUUGCGAAUAGAAGCACUACGACUACGUAUAUUCUUAGCCUAGACAAAUGCUACUUACAGCGCUUACGUGUUUACGAAUCUCGGUCAGAAGAUUCGACUAAAGCCAGCAAGAGAUGGUAGGCGCAAGCUACUCAGGACGGAUCGCACCUUGAUCCACGUCCAGAGUAGGGUCGCUGCAUCUACUUGUAAGAGCUCAGGACGAACAGGAGAGGCUGUACGGGGAGCUGUGCAGAAUGUUUGACAAAGUAGAUGACAAACCACUACCACACCGUGGACGAGGAAAGGUAUCUACUUCGUCAUCCAGUAGUACCACACCGACGCCGACCUCCGGCACCAUCCUGGGCGGAACAGCAGAUGAAACAUCAGCCGCGUCUUCAGGUUUGCGGGAUCUGCAUAGGGAGUUCUGCAUGACAAAGAACCAGUCUACUUCCACCAAUGAUCUACUGUGCAACACCUUCGGCCCGAGCGCGGAAAAUUCCUACGUGCCGGAGGAAUAUUCGACGCGGAGAUUGGAUUACUUGUUCGCGGUGGAUUCGUUGGAAUUGUGGGUGCCUAGUUGUUGUGAUAGGACGGACGCUGAAGAUGUUGCAGCUGAGGAAGCAAAGGUGGUAAAGAGCGAGGGUGCCAUAGCUGCAAGAACGUCGAAAAGAACAAUCCAAUUUCUGAAGUCACAAGUGAGAGCACUCAACGUGGUGAAACAAGAGUACGGGCAUGAGUUCAGUGAUCAUUGGGGCCUGCAGGCAGAGGUGGUGAUUUGAAAGACUUGGAAAAUGACUAU